AGUACAUGUUGUAAGUAGGAACGAGACGACGCGCCUGCAUCAACAUGCUCGCAGCAAGGACGCGGUAGUAGUGCCGCCUUUCCCAAUUGCAAAUGAAGAGGAUAGGUUCAUUAGCUUGAGCGUCUUCCAAGGCAAAGCUCUAGACAUUGAAUUUUUGAAGUGGUGUUAGGUAGACCGAAGAAAACCGCAAGGAGUAUCUUGUCUUCACUCGGAAAUCAUGGCCGAGGAGGCCGAGGAAGCCCCUCCCGAAGUGUUCGGCCCGGACGAAUUUCGACUGCACUCACUCGGAGCCACGUACAAGGGACAAUACCUCAAGAAUGAGGAGGGUACUUCUAAUAUCUAGAAGGCAUGGUCCUAUUUCCGCAGGGGAUGAGUCUUUCCCCUUGCUGGUGGCGUGGAAGGAUGGAACAAAUGUUGACUCAAGAUGAAACCGCUUGUUUAAGCAAAAUUUUGGAUAACAAGUCUUCCCACGUUACUGCAGGUGACCCAGUCUUGCACGGUGAGGGAACCUAUGUAAUCGGCCCCGAAAGCUUCGUAGGUCGCUUUGAGAGCGGACUCUUCGUGAACGGCGUUUAUGAGUCUAGGAACGGACACAAAUAUGAAGGCCCAUUCAAGGAGAACAAAUUUCAUGGGCAGGGCACUUACUCAUGGCCAGGCGGAAGAACCUUCACAGGAGAAUUCAAGGAUGGGAAGCUCUAUGACGGUGAAUUCCAGGGAUUUGUUACACUCGACGAACUACGAAAAACCCAUGUACUUACUUUAAUACCCAUGUACUUCAUAUUUAGCACGCUUGAAAAUCUAAUUCUUGUUGCGCUCGAUCUGAGCUUAGAUGAUAGUCUUAGUCAUGAUGGUGCGUUUUUUUCAAAUUCCGAUGUCAAGACGUUAAAUUCUGGUUUCUAGCUUGAUGAAUCGACUUUUGGGAGCAAGAACACAGCUAUUCCAUCUUUAGGUUUUUUUAGGAUGUUUCAUCCUGCUCCGUUUAUUAAAGAUCUGCUUUUUUCAGGCCGAAGGGGAGGUGAACAAGAGCGCGAGACAGCGUGUAGAAUUUGGGAGGGAUUGCUUUGCAGGGUUGAUCGUGGAUAAUUGCUUUGACAGCGACCCUAAAAAGCAACUGGAGUGGAGGAAAGCUCAAAUGGUUGAGAACUAAAGGCGGCGUCUGACGUUUGCGACGCUGUUGUAGCUACUAGUUGUAUAACAAAUCCAGACUAGCCGCCUAUGAGACAGUAUCAGCAGACGCAGAUAAUGCCAAGUCCCACCGUGGUGGAGGAUGUGGAGACGUAGAAAAACUGGACACUUACUCUUCGCGAAAAAUCACUUAACAAAAAUACUCACGAAGCGAUAACGAAUUCCCCAUGUCCCCUUCGCCUGCGCAUAUCGUGAGAUUCGAGAGAAAAUCACAGCAGAACUGCCCGACCCAGCUCAGCACGUUCGUACUAGUCAAAAAUUGCUAGUGUUGCAAGGCUCUUGUCCCUUCUACCUCUAAGCUGGUCCCUUCGCGGGAACCCUGGAG